UCUUCCGAAUUUUCCUCCUCUCGCAGCUCGGCCGGCUUCUGGUGCCUGCCAGCGUUGCGUCGGCCAUUUAAAAAUUGUGUGCGGUUUUAUUUGUCUCCCUGGGAAAACCCUUUUCCGGCGGAUACUACAGGAAUCUGCCUUCUCAGGAACCGUGCUAGGCCCAUGAGUGUUGCAUGGAGAGUGGACAGGGACCUCAAGAGGUGGCUUUGGACUCUGGUCAGGCAUCGACAGCGGCGGCUCUACUGAAGGACGGCCUCGGACAGCUCAGCCUGGGACCAGCUGAGCCAGGGGCUCAGCCGCCUGAGGCUUCCUCGGCUGCUGCCACCACCCCCAAGGGCAAGGCUGGCAAGAAGGCACCAGGGAAGAACACCAAGGAAAAGCGUCAGCAGCUUUGCCUGGCAACAUGUGAGCGUGGUCGCCUCUCCCUCAGCGACCCUAGCAACCUGCGUGCCAAUGCGUCGUCUGCCGCAGCACGGUCUCCACUUGCUGGACGACAUCCCUCGGCGCCCCUGAGCGCCAGCCCUUCGUCGUCCCUGUCGGGGGCUGCCUCGUGGGGGGGUUCCACCAGGGACCGGUCAGCCUCAGAUUCACGACGAGUAGCAGCGUUGUUGCCUCCAGAGCUGAAAGCACAACACGCAGCCCAUCGCUGCAAGCGCACCGGUGGAGGCCCGCCUCCAGGAAGCAGGUCAGAAAGUGGCUCCUGCCUUCUGGCUUCAUCUCAACUCCGUCGGAGUCCCUGCAGUCCGUCUAGUGCAGCGACGCUCUCCGAAGGCUCCUUCCCCUCCAGCAGACGUAGCUCUGAGACCCACCUGGCAUCUCCAUCCUUCUCAUCGCAACGACAAAAGCCCAAGGAUCGUGCAGCCAAGUAUGAGGCGUACAUGCCACUGUGUGAAGUGCAACAAGCCCUAAAAAAAGGGGAGGUUGUGGAGGGGGUGCUGCGCAUCAACCCAAGGAACUAUGAGGACUCCUUUAUCAGUGCGCCGGACAGUCAGAUGGACAUCUAUAUUGGCGGUCUACAUGACCGGAACAGGGCCCUCAAUGGGGACCUUGUGGCCGUGAAGAUCAAGCCACAAGAAGAGUGGAAGAUUCUUUGGGACCGGAUACACCUGUGGGAGAAGAAGACUGGCCAGAGCAUCCACGACGUCCUCCUCAGCAACAACAGCUCUAUCGACUCCCCAGUCGAAGAGGACGAGAAGUUGGAAGAGCAGCCCAGCGACCCACUCCUGGAGGUGGGUAUUUUCUCGGAGGACUUUGUGGACGGGGACGAGCUGCUCGAAUCUUCAGCGCCUCUGGCAGCCUCCUGGGAUGGCUCCUCUCCGACCCCCGGCGCUCUGCGGCCCUCGGACACCAUCGAGGUGCUUGGCAUCGAGCGGCUGCUUGGCCAGGUGCAGGAGUAUGUGCAGAAACAACGACGCAACGGCAGAAGCAACAGGAAGUCUGGAGGCUCCCGUCCAGGCCGCCUGCCCAUGCCGUGCUCGCUGGAAGCAUCACUGGCGCCUCUUCCUUCUGCAGUGGUCGCCACGACUCUGGGUAGAGACAGGCAGCUGGCGCCAGCCCCUUCGCAGCUGGGAUGCGAGCCCCAGCCGGAUCGGGGAAGAGAGCGCGAGGACGUUACGGCAGACCCCUGGGCCGAGACCGAGGACCUGGGCUCCAUCAUGGUCUUCUCGCCCGAGGAACUGCUCGAGGUGCCCGAGCAAGAGCGCCACCACCGCUCCUCGUCGCCGCCUCUGCGAGGGUGUGUGGUUGCCCCCGACGAAUUGAGUGGGGAGGACGAUUGGUCAUCGGAUGCGGAGAGCACGGGCAGCGCUGCACUCGAGCAGCACCUAGAAGACAUGGCCUUUCUGCAGGCCUCCCUGGACGCACGCAACAACAAUCACCAGCAGCAGGACGACAGCAGCGCACCACAGAGCAGGGCGGGAGAAAGUGUCGCCGAGCGCAUCGAGCGCAGCCUCAACCUGGCAGCAUCUGCUACCACCUCGGAGGUAGAUGGCAUCAGUUUGCCACUUCCACCAACCGGGGAGCAGCAACCGCCGGACAGCAAAGGUGCAACCUCUGGGAGUGGCUGGGGUCCUCUCACGUGGGGCCUUGCUCCCGGCGGGAACCAAGAGGAGCCCAAGGACACACCCGCUGCACCAGCAGCCACCGCUGUGUCACCUCAGGCAGCACAAGAAGUUGCUGCGCAAACUGCACUCCAAGACGGGGAAUGUCUCGUCAACAGCCGCGAGAACAAUCGUCGGGCCGGCAGCAACAAGCGCCGGCAAAUACGCUCAGCCAGGAAGAGCAAGAAGAAGCAGGGACGAGCCAAAGUUGUGCAUGGUGGGAGGUCACGGACUGGCAGGGGACCAAAUGGGGAACUCUCGGUGGCCGACAUUCUCCGCCAUCCACUGUCCAAACGCUUCGUGCAGCGCACAGGAGAGGUGGUGCACAUCCUGGAGGCCAAGAACUCUCGUGUGACGGCUGGAAUCUUGCGGCAGCUGCAGGACAACAACCCGAUGUGGGUGCUGUUCUCCCCUAGGGACGCACGCUUUCCUCGGCUCAUGGUGCCUGCACAGGAGUGCCCUCCCGGCUUCUUCCAGCGUCCAGCUGACUUCAGCCACACCUUGUUUCUAGCAGAGUUGGUCAAGUGGCUGCCAGACGCCAACUUCCCCUUGGGGAGGAUUCGUCAGCUCCUCGGCCCAGCAGGCAGCAUCCCUGUUGAGACAAACGCCAUCCUGGAGUCGUACAGCAUUGAACAUCAAGAGUUCCCGCCGGGCAUUCUCGACCACCUUGGGGUCACCACCGACUGGAAAGUGCCGGAGGAAGAACUGUCAGGGCGCAGAGACUUUCGAGGGGAGCUGGUGUUCACCGUGGACCCCAAGACGGCGCGAGACCUGGACGAUGCCAUCUCGUGUCGCCGCCUUGUCGUGGCCGAGGGGGACACGCGUGAUCUGUGGGAAGUUGGUGUGCACAUAGCGGACGUGUCGCGCUUUGUGCAGCCCGGUACACAACUCGAUCAGGUGGCCCAGAAGCGGGCUACCAGUGUCUACCUUGUGGAGCGGGUGAUUCCUAUGCUGCCACGGUUGCUGUGUGACCACCUGUGCAGCUUGCACCCCGGCGAGGAUAAGCUCACCUUCUCGGUGGUCUGGACGCUCACAUCCGACGGUCGGGUGUUGAGCGAAUGGUUUGGCCGCUCCAUCAUUCGGUCAUGCUGCAAGCUAAGCUACGAGCAUGCUCAGGACCUCCUGGAUGACCCCGACCGGGAACGUGUGCCGGGCGAGCUUCCGGAAGUCUUUGGCAAGCACACAGUGGCGGAGAUAGCUCAAUGCCUGCACGUUCUGCAUGGCAUGACGGAGUCCAUGCGCAGGCGCCGCUUUGAAGGGGGAGCUCUACGACUGGACCAGGUCAAGGUGGUCUUCUCACUUGGCGAGAACUUCCAGCCCUAUGGUUUCUCUGUCUACGAGCACACCGAGAGCCACCGUGUGAUUGAGGAGCUGAUGCUGCUGGCCAACAUGGCUGUGGCUCACCGGCUGUACAAGGCGUUUCCCGAGGAGGCCUUUCUGCGCUCCCACCCUCCACCCGACGACGCCCAGCUGGUCGAGGUGGAAGCGCUGUGCUCCGCCUACGGGGUCCCCCUGGACACCAGCUCGGCUGGCACUCUGCAGGCCUCCCUGAACGCUAUGGUGGGCACAGACGAGCUGUCACAAGCCAAACUCAACGUUCUCACGCACUUGCUCUCCAAGCCGAUGAAGAUGGCCGUCUACUUCUGUGCGGGGCGUCGAGAGGAUCCCUUGUCGUUUUCCCACUAUGCUCUCAACGUGCCUCUCUACACGCACUUCACAUCACCCAUCCGGCGCUAUGCCGACAUUGUGGUGCAUCGGCAGCUGGCAGCUGCCCUUGGUUGUGGACCUGCCGUGGCAUUGAGUGCCUCGGAGUUGCAGUCGGUGGCCGACCACUGCAACGACAGCAAGUACAAGGCGCGCACGGUGCAGGAGCUGAGCGUCGACCUGUUUCUGCACGCCUUUGUGGAGCAGUGUGGCUCGCUCGAGGACAAGGCCAUGGUCGUGGCGGUGCUCGAGCAUGCCUUCGACGUACUCGCGCUCAGUGUUGGCAUGGUCAAGCGCGUCUACUGUGAUAAGCUGGGCGUGAAGUGGUUCCACCACUCGACCGAGGGAGGCCGUAAUACCAUUGAGCUACACUACCAGUCAUCCCAGUCUCCUAAUGAAGUGGUAGUACUCAACAUUGGCGUGUUCCAGCUGGUCAAUGUGCUUAUCACUGUCGUGCCUAAUGACCCACUUAAGUACCAGGUUGUUCUGAAGCUUCCCCCAUUCACGGUGCCUGUGGUCCCCAUAAAGAAGGAAGACAAUGGCAGGAGGCACCAAAAGCGAUGAACAUAGGCUUCACUUUAAAUUCUGCUUUGGCGUCACUUUGUUUCCUCUCGCAUGGCUUUUGCUCUUCUUUUAUUUGGCAUGACUCCAGAGCCACCUCUCUGGAAUGAUUCUUUUGUGACAAUGCUUUUUUGAGACCAAUUAACUUUACCAUAGGCUGCGCAAGAUGUGAUUAGGACAAUAAAAUGCUUAUUUCAUACACUUGUUUGUUUGGGCUGCUGCUGGCUUUGCAGUCAAAUCAGUGCGCAUGUGCUGUUCAUUGCCGUUCGUUUUGUGGAACUGCAGGGGUUGCAGAUGCCACUUCUAGUCUGCAUAGCUUGAUCAUAACUAAGCGGCUGUGCUGUAGUGCGGGUGUUUACAGCACUUGCAAGAUUUUUUCUGCUGUUGAGAUAAAUUAGUGCUUCAGUAUAACACAGUCGAACAUGAAUACCAAACUUUAAGGAAACAACAAAAAAAGUUCUAUAAAUAGGUAAUUUGGUUCUUAAGAUGUAUUAUAUAUGAAAACCACCUUAAAGAAAAUUUUAUAACUGUUUGAUGUACGCAACAAUUCACUAUAUGUUGGUUCAGUAUUAUCGGGUUCAACUGUAGUAGAAGGGAAGAAAAAAAAUUAAUGAAAAGGCAUUAAGGGCACACUGACCAAGAACAGUCAGUGUGCCCUCAAUAUUAUGCAUACCCUGCAAUCAGAAGUAUAAUGGUGCAUUUGUUUUUUUGAACAGUUAGUUGCUUUCGUAUCACUAAACAGAACCUGACGAGACUGGCAAGAUAUGUUCCAUUGAACAGAACGUUAAUUUACUGAGAGAUCAACUAGGGUGCAGAAGAAAGCAAUCUUGUCAGAAGCACUUGUUUUAUUUAGGCAGCAGUUCUGUUUAAGAGAUUUCCGUUCUCGGAGAGUCUACUGUAUUGCACCUUCUGAUCCAAGAAGGAAUGGUGGUUAGUGCUGUGUCGAUCUUGUGGUACUUGUUCUUCAUUAUUCUGAAGAAUGGUUAUCCCUUGUAAGCUUUUGCUGCACCACAAUCACCAACACAUUAAGCACUGUUGACCCACUGAAUUCAUUUAUUGUUUUCAUUUGUGUACAUAGCCAUCAAUUUCUCUGCUUUUCUUUAAGCUUUUGUUGUGGCAAUGCAUAUGGAACAGUAAAGAAUGGCUUGCUGGCUUUAUCAGGUAGCAUUGGCUUGCAGUGCUGCACUGACGGCAUCAUUCUUCCAGGGUAAACAUAAUGCUUGGGCUUGGUGAAAAAAAUGCAUUCUGCGGGCGGUGUCUGCAUCUCGGCUGAAUACUGCAAGUGUGCAGGGUAAGAAGAGCUUAGAAGCAAAGCAUGAAUUCGGCUUUUGAGGCACCCUCUUCUCGUGCAAAGGCCCGUCUUCUCUCUCUUCAGAGCAGGCAAUGCCCACUGCAUGACGUUGGUAGUAGGUAGCACCAGUGCAUAUAUGUUCUGUAGUAGCACGCUAUUGACCGACGGCUGACGUAAACGAUGUCUAGAUCAGGUGCGCUUCUUGCCAGAAGAUGCUGCCGCACUGGUGCUGUGUUCCAUAGCCCGAUAAUGUCACAUAGUGGUAUAUGCUAAGUAUGUGCAGCAAAGAAAUGAAAACGGACUUGAUGCCUUCAAACAGUACGCAAGCUGACUAUAAGUGGUGCUGACUAACACUGCCAGGUUUCCAUGCACAUAAGUAGCCUAUAUGUGGAUGGCUGCUGCUGUAGCUAGUAGUGACGCAGCUUCGCAGGAUGCCUUGGGUCAGUGCCAAGCCGCAAGCUUCGUUUUGUUUCUUCUUUUACAAGCCGUCCAAACAAUGUGCUGCUGUCAUGUUUUUCCAUCAUCUUUCUCACUCUUGCCACUUUCUGUGCAGUGCAUGCACUUUUCUCUCUCUUGUUGGCUGAAUAAACGAGACAUUGUUACUGUAAA